CACGUCAUGCUGAUAUAAAAGCUGUAAGCAAAUGUAUUGCAAAUGGAGUGAAUAUAAACUUUAUUGAUGGUUUUGGUAAAACAGCAUUACACUAUGCAGCCGCAAAUGGAAGUUAUGAAUCAGUGAAACUUCUUGUCGCUAAUAAAGCAAAUGUAAAUAUAUGGGAUUCAAAUGGAACUACACCAUUACAUAUGGCCGCUAAAGGAAAUCAUACAAGAGUAGUGAAAUUCCUACUUAUGUCUGGGGCAGAUAUUAAUCAUCAAUGUAUUAGUGGCGUCAAACCAAUCGACUUAGCAAUUUACAACUCCGAAACUUGGAAAGUUUUAUUGGACGCUGCAAACGGCGAUCUACCCAAAAUUGAACAUUUAAUACAAACAUGUACAGUUCCUUUAAUUCCCCAAUUUACAAUACAACGAGAAAUUGAUAAACAAGCUAAGGCGAAUGAAAAGAAAGGUGGAACGAAGAAAAGUGGAAAGAAGAGUGGAAAAAAAAGUGGUAAAGGCAAAAAGAAGAAAUGAUCAAUUUGUCCAAGAUUAUGUGAAAAUUUAAAGUACUUCUACUGUUUUGCUUACAUUCAUACAUACAUUAUAUACCUGUACAAUAUGGUAUACAUAUUAAUAAAAUCUAUUAUUACAAAUUUAUCAUUUGAGCACUAAAU